AUGGUGCAAGGAUCAUUGAAAAAGGCCGGUCCCGGCGGUCCAAGCAGGAAGCCUUCCAAGACAGUUCGACCAGGAGUUCGCUCCGUCGCACCCAAGAAAGCGGGAUUGAUUAAGCAGAAGAAGUUGACCAAGAAACUUACAUCUGGACUUGUUUCCAUGACGGAACGCAGUCUUGGAGCUAAGGCGGGUCAUCUUGAGCUUUUGGCUGGUGGCAAGAAGGAUCGGUUGGCGAAGGAGAGGAAUGCGGCGAGGAAGGAGGGGACUUUGAAGUCUGCGCCUAAGAAGGCGUAG